AUGGCCAAGCGGAAUCUGCUGCUGUGCUUUGAUGCCUUUGGCACGCUAUUCACGCCCAAAGGCUCCGUAGUCCAGCAGUAUGCCCACGUUGCGCGGCAGUGCGGCAUCGCCAACUUUUCCGAUAAUCAGCUGGAAGCGCAUCUCAUGGCCGCGAUUCGCCAGGAGCGCAGGCUCAAUCCUAAUUACGGCAAGGCCGCGGGUCUUGGUGCCACGCGAUGGUGGACAAAUAUUAUUCAUACAACUUUUGCACCACUGAUUCGAGAAAAUCAACCGUUCCCACCAGCGUUGGUACCGUCGCUCAUUCGCCGAUUCGCUUCAGACGAGGGAUAUGAGGCUCAGCCCGACCUUGUCCCCGCACUGCGGGCGUUGCGUCGCCCCAAGUCGCAGCACGGGUUCGACAGGGUCGUCAUUGGCGUCGUGACCAAUUCGGACGAUCGAGUCCCCAGCAUCCUGUCCUCCUUGGGGCUAAACGUCAGCCCGUUACGCUACGGAUCCGAGGAGGCAGCCAGUCCUCGUCCGGGGGACGUCUACGAUGUCGACUUUCACUGCAUGUCGUACGACGUGGGCUAUGAAAAGCCAGAUGUGCAAAUCUUCAACGCGGCAGAUUCCAUGUUGGCCAGGAUUAUCACGGCGCGAGAGGGAGAGGCGCCGAGGCUGGAGCAGGCACAGAGCUGGUGCAAAGUGUACGUCGGCGACGAGCACGCCAAAGACGUCGCUGGGGCCACCAAUGCUGGCUGGCAUCCCAUCCUGCUCGACGCUGACUCGCAGGCCUCCGAGGUGGCCAGGCUCGAGGACUGCCCAGGCCAGUCUCUAACUGACGUGUUUCAACUUCAUCCCGUCGUACGCGUGCCGUCGAUUCGGGCGUUGGCGUCGUGGCUAUCUCGGCCCGAAUGGCCGUCGAAUCAAGAGCCUUGA